UAAACUGAUAAUGUGUUCAUUUUUAUUUUUACAUAAUAUAUUGUAUAGAUAACAAUUAUCUAUACCCUAUAAUUUGAAGAAUUUUGGGUUAGAAAUACUUGUGUUAGUUUAAAUGUAAAUUAUACCUUAAUUAAUAUUAAAAUGAAAACAUUAAUUUUUAUGAAAAUGCUAUGUUUAAGUUGUUUGAAUUUCAUUUAUAAGUAAUAAUGACUAAAUAUCUGAUUAUAAAUACAUAAUAGCAAGCCCACAAAUUUGUAAUAAAGCAAAGUUGAGCCUUAUCUUAUUCUAUGCUCAGAGCCUAAUCUCUCAUAUUGCACUUGUGAAUGAGUUAUAAAUGAAUGUUCAGUGUAAUUUAUUUAUAACUAAACAUGAUACUGUGUACUGUGAUACUGUGUAAAUGAAACUGUGCACAUUUAAAGACAUACACCACAUUUGCCAAGAAUGAACCCAAUGGAUGACUAUGGUGAUGAUUUACUGGACACUGAGACAUUGUAUCUGGAGACCGCUGCAGGAAUGCCCAGCCUGUUUGAAGGGUCAACAGAAAGUCAGCCCUACAGUCUGUCAGCAUUUAUAUUUGAUAACAACAGUGGCCUGCAGUCCAGCCAGGGCUUUCAGGUGUUUGGCCUGGAUGUUGACUCUGAAUGCCAGAUAACUUCCCCAAGACGGGACUUGCCCCCACAGGCCAGUCAGGUUACCAGGCAGCCAGUAUACAGGCCUUCUGAAACCACACAGAGCAGCUUUCAAACUAUAGAUGAUCAUGUUUCACUUUUAAAUCCCACACCUCAUCUUAAUCAGAAAGGUUACACUGCACUAAUUUUUACCGAGGCAUCAUCUCAUUUUAACCCAGUGCGAGCCCCUGUUGUGAAGCCUUCUCCCAGGGAGAUACGACCCCAUCCAGGGCAGAUGGUGACCGAGGAAUGCUCAGCAGAGGUGUUCGAUGACUCCUGUGAGGGGGCGAGCUCCGAUGAGAAAUCGGAGGAGCACAAGGUGUCACCGAAACGAAGGGGCAGAAAAAGCGGUUCUACAUCUUCUGUCACCAAAGAACUAGUUGCUGGAGCAGUCAAGAUGGAGGAGGGGGAAGUACAGGCAGGUCCGGACCUCAGCUUCAAACCUUCAUUGGAGGAAAUACUGUCCGAGAAAAAAAUGGCUUUACUGAGAUCUCCGCAGGUUGUGAAAUUCAUGAAACAUUUCCAGCAGAAAGCCAGGCUGGAGAAAAUGCAACACCAGUCCACCAUGAAGGAAUCCUAACUGACCUUCGUAGCAAGAACUCUGUGAUUGACAAAGUGAUGCAUGUUUGUGACAUAUGAAAAACAUGCAAAUAUUUCAUGGUCAAGACAAUUGAAGGUCGAUAUGCUAGUUUGACUCACAAUUGGUACAGAAAAACAUGUUAUUUAUGCUCUCUAAAUAAGUUAUAAUCCCACAAACAUUUAUUGCUUAACUUGAUUUUAAUGGAGAACAUUCUGGAUUAGUUGCUAUCACACAACCAUAUAUUGCUUAAAUAGAUUUUAAUUGUUAGAAUAUUCUGGAUAAUGUUGUUAUCGCACACAAAAUUAAAACCAUCUGGAGGUGGCAUGUUGGCUAUAAAAUCAGUCUUCCUUCCUCAAAGGUCAAGGUCACAAUAAGAAAUCUUAGGUCAAAUUUUCCAUAAAACAGAUUAAUAACUCAUUUAUCUGCCAUAACUUUGACAUAUAUGAGAUUUUGAAAUAACUGCACAAAUGUUAACCAUCAUAAGUUGACAUGUAUUGUGUAACAUACCUCUCCCUACCUCAAAGGUCAUGGUUGAACUAAAAGUUCAAAGGUCAAAUUCAAGUGGAAUGUGGUGGCAUCUGUGUUCUAUUAACACUUGUCUUGUUGGUUCAUUCAUGUGUUAAACUAAGUUUAAUUAUAGUUUAAUACAUUGUUUGCAUCCAAUCAUGUAUUUUAAAUUAACUUUUCUAAGGGAUUACAAAUGCGUAAAAAUAGUAUCCAAGUCGUAAAGGGUAAAAUUAUGUGUGUAAUUUUAUGCUCGGAGUGUUAGGUCUGCGGUGUGUUGCAAGUCAACUUUCAGACACUUUACCAUUUAAGUUCUAUAUACUAUAUGUGUAAUAUUGUACAAUUGUUGUUUUAUUUAAAACUCAAUAAAAACUGAUCAAUAAAUUUGUGUAUAGUUAUAUGGUCUAUGAAGGAUUGUAUGAUUAAGAAUUACUCAUGCUGACAAAUUUAUGGUCUCCACAUAUCGAGUUUCAUUUGAAGAAGUAAUAACAAUUACCUUUGUUUGAUAAAGGCACACAUUUCCUGCUGUUGAUGCAGGAUUUUUUAGACAAGGUCAAAGUAUAGGUUGGAUGGCCAUGUGUGGAUAGAGAUCAUCAUAGGCAUGAAAGCAGGGCUUCUGGUGUUGUUCCCCAAAUUCAAGAAUGAAGUUAAUUUUACAAUUUUGGCGAUUUAAAUUAUCCUUUGGCGGAAAUGCAUUGCGAACCAUUCUUUCUGUUUUGUGCCCAGGAUAGUAAACUCUUUAUUCUGAAGACAAAGAGUUAUAGAAAAUAGAAGCUAGAUGAAGUAGUGAAAUGUUCUGCAUCUGUCACUGACAGACAGAUGGGCUAACAGUCAGUGCAAUGUGCCUCCUAUCUUAAGAUAGUCCCGAUAAUAUCUUGGUCCAUUAGGAAACUGUGUCACAUGGUCAAAUUAAAGAAAAAGCUUAGUAAAAAGCUUCAGGAGUUGAAUUUAUUUUCAAAUGUUCAUGAAACUUGGUCAGAUCAUUGGUUCUUAUAUCUUGGAAGAGUUUGAAAAUGAUUCUGGUUCACCGAAAGACAACACAUGUAUUGUCCAAUCUUCAUGAGUCUUGGUCAGAGCAUUCAUUGGUUGAAAAACAUGGCCCCCAGGGGGCGGUGCAGUUUUCUUUUAUAUGGCUACAGUGAAACAUUUAACACUCUGGAAGUCACCUCUCAAAAUACUUAAGUUUCUUUGAGUCUCAGGUGAGAACCUUAGGGCCCAUGACCCUCUUGUCUUUAAAAGGUAUUUCACUGGUAAAAACAUAUAUCAAAGAUGCACAAGUAAAAUUAAUUUUCAAAUCAUUCUACUAGGUCUUGAUAUAAAGUAUACAUUUCCUAAAAAACAGUACGAGAAUAAUAAUGGAUACAUUCAGAAGAACUGUUCUUUUUUUAAUUUUUUUAUUUAAUAUAAAACAUACAAUGUAAAUAUGUGCAUAAGCAAAAACAAAAGUGGUAUAAUACAACAGUAAUAAUAUCAAACACAUAUUAUACAUGAUAUGCUAGGAUAUAAUGUUGUUGUUUUUUUUGCUUUGGUUGCAUGUGGUGUAUGCUGUUAUUUUUAAAUGUAAUAAUCAAUCCUAUAGAUGAGUUGCGUAGAGUUAGGUGGAUGACAACUGGACUGGGUUAUGAAAGUUUAUGCGUUUCCAUUUUUGUUCAAAAAUAUGAAGUUUAUCGUUGUUGAGGGCUAUUUCUUUUUCAAUUUGGAUCUUUAGUUUUAAAUAGUUUAUAAAACAGUUGAAAGUAGGUAUUUGUUUUUUGUAUUUGAAGCUAAAUAUAAAAUAUUUAAUUAAUAUGAUAAUGUGGUCCACAGUGUUAUUAAUUUCUGGUAUUUUAAAAGUAUUCACACCAAAACUGAUAUUCAAGAGAGACAGUUUUAAUUUUAAUUGUUGUUUCUCUAGAAAAGUUGUUAACUGGUUCCAUAGAGUUUGAAUAUGUUUGCACUCCCAGAAAAGGUGUUCUAUUGUUUCAAUGUGUUCGCUGCAUAUAUCACAUAAAUUUGUGUUGGAUAGGUUGCACUUAAAAAGGUAUUUAUUUGUAGCUAUGAUUCUGUGGACAUAUUUAUAUUGAAAAUUUCUCAGUGUGCUAUCUAUAGUUGUUUUAUAUGGCAUGAUAAAUAUUUGUUUCCAAUUUAAUUCUUGUUCUCGAAGAAUGCUUUGCCAUUUAUUUUGAAUCUUGGAGUUUUCUGCAGGGUGUUUAAUUUGUAGUUUGUAAAAUAUUUUGUUUGUUUUGUUUUGUUUUGCAAGUAUGUUUUCCGUGAAUGAUGUUCGAGUACAUGGUGUGUUAUUUGUAUUAAUUUAAUACAAGAUUGUAGAUUUAAUAUGUAUGGGUAUGCUUUUAAUUAAUGUGUAAUACAUAAGGAAAUUGCCUGAAGGUAUUCCGUAUAUAUAACAUAUAUUCUCAAAAGAAUAGAAGUCUUUUAUUCUGUAAUCGUACAAUUGGUCGACAUAUUAAAUGUUUUUUUCAAACCAAUGUUUAUAGAAAAAAGUCUUAUUGUUUGAAGUUAUGUCUUUAUUGUUCCAUAGAAUAGUUUUACUGAUGAUUUGGGUUUCUAGAUGAUGAGUAACAUUAGUCCAUGCUGAUAAAACAUUUGAUAGAAAUAUGUUUUCGUUUGCAAUUUCAUGCAAAAUGGUAUUGCUGAUGUUACAUUCAAAAAGUAAGGAGUCACCAUAUUUUUUUAGGAUUUCCUGGUAGAAUAAUUUCCAUUUACUUGUAUUGGUAUUAUCUAGAUAUCUUUUAACCCAGCUGCAUUUGAUUGCAUUCAAGAAUGAGUAGAUGUCCGUUAAUUGGAUACCUCCAUUUUCUACAGAUUGAAUUAACUGAGUUCGCUUAAUUUUAUCAGGUUUACCGUCCCAUAUGAAAUUAAAUAUUUCUGAUUGUAUAUCUUUAAUAAUAUCUUUUGGUGGGUUUGGGAGAACUGUUAGUGUAUAAAUUAAUUUAGGUAGUGCAAACGUUUUCAACACCGUGUUUUUUCCGAUUAGUGUUAGUUUACGAUGCUGCCAUGAUUUUAGACAAUUUUUAAAUUUUGUAGUUUAGGCAGUAUGUUUUUUAGAACUGUUUCAUUUUCAUUGUUUGUGAAUGUUAUUCCUAACUUUGUUGCUUCAUCUGAUGUCCAGUGGAAUUUCAUUUCUUUUUUAAGUUGAAUAUUACUUUGUUUAAAUUUACCUACUCGUAGCACAGUGCAUUUACUUUUGUUAAGUUUAAGACCCGAUGCCAUUCCAAAAAGGGUAAGCGAUUCUAUAAGAUUAUUGAAUGAGUCAAUACUGUCAUUUAAAAAAUAAGUUGCGUCGUCAGCAAAUAGCGACUGUUUAAUUUCUUCGUCAGGUUCUAGCGAUAUUCCAUUUAUAUGUCUAUUUGAUUGUAUAUAGUGUGAUAGAUACUCGAUGCAUAUAAUAAAUAGUGAGGAUGAGA